GAAAUCAGUCGAACCAAAUCACCUUCGCCACACGGUCCGGCAACCUCAUAGUUCAGAAAAAGGAUGGAGGACUCGUUGAGAUGGAUUUCCCACAAUAUGAUAUAACGACGGUUCAUUUUCUGGGCGUACCGAAUCUUCUCGUGAAAUACUUUUCAGAGUUCGAUGCUCCGCCAUUUCUUCAUGACUUGAUUGAAUGUCUUAUUCCGUCGACAAUCAGUGUUCGGGGUGUUGCAUAUGCUACCGAAGCCAAGAAAGGCUUCACCGAUUCCCAAGACGAACCGUAUGACUACAUUUGCCGUUAUUUUGCACCCUGGGUAGGUAUCACUGAAGAUCCAGCGACCGGCUCGGCUCAAUGCGCAUUGGCACCUUUUUGGUCACCUAUUCUGGGAAAGCGGAACUUGUAUGCUUACCAAUUAUAUCCCAACCGUGGCGCACAAUUCAGAGUCGAAGUAAGAGAUGGAAAAAGACUGGCCUUAUUUGGGCAAUCGGUAACAUUUCUCAAAGGGGAACUAUUCUUGAAUGAGGCGGUAUUCUAUUGAUU